AUGGAUGAAAAGAAGUAUUUUAAAGAGUUUUCGAAAUUUCAGGUUGGCGACAUAGUGUCCAUCAUCGAAAAAGUGACACCGUUCAAUAACAAAGAUAAGUCGUGGUGGAAAGCUAAACUGACAAUUGCUAAAAACGAAAACGGCAAAAUUAUUCUCGGCAGGAAGUUUGAGGUCGGAUUAUUUCCGAGUGAGUGCGUCAAGAUAUUCGACGACAAGACAGGACCGCUAGCUGAUCAACAGCUACCUUCCGUUAAAAAAGACGCAGCUACCAUACCUGUCAAUGAUCACAAUUCCUUGAAACUAACCACAAAUUUGGCACCAACGUCCAGAAAAUCAACAGAACGGCAUCCACCACGACGGGAUCGUUCCUUAGUGCGAGCAUUAUUACGAAGACAUGCGGAACGACAGACUCCGCUCGUCUUCGGGACGGAUCUGGUUGAAUAUCUGCAGAAAACCGGUGAAGAUGUACCAUUAAUAUUGAAAAAAUGUGUGGAAGUGAUCGAAAUGCAUGGUAUUGUUACUGGUGUUUACCGCCAAUGUGGUAUACAAUCAAAUAUACAAAAACUCAGGAAUGGCUUCGAUUCAGGACAUUUGCCAGAUUUGCGUGAUGAAGCUAUCUUAAAGGACAUUCAUUCGGUUUCAUCACUUUUAAAGCAAUAUUUUCGUCAGCUACCGAAUCCGUUGUUUACAUUCGAACUUUAUCCGGAAUUCAUAGGUGCAUAUGAAACAACUGAUGAUGAACAGGCGAAUCGAUUUAAAGAUGUCAUUGGAAGAUUACCACGUGAGCAUUACAGGACGGCAAAAUAUUUGAUCCGUCAUCUUACCAAAUUAUGCCAAUGUACGCAUCUGACGGAUAUGAACUCCAAAAAUCUUGCAAUUGUUUGGGCUCCAAACUUGUUCAGAUGCCCACCGUGCGUUAAUGGCGAUUCUGGUGGCAGUGAUUCAUCACUUUUGCAGGGUCUUAAUGCGCAAACGGGUCUUUGUAAUUAUAUACUUGCCCAUGCAGUUUACCUGUUCUCACUUGAAAAUGAUUCCCUUUCACUUCCAGAAAAUGCGAUAAACAGAUCAUCGGAAUCAUCAUGUAGCGGUGUUACCCUAUCACCAGACUUGGAUCGUCGUCGUUUUAUUGAUGUUAAUGGAGGACCUGCGACAUUGCCUGCAUUUCAUGCCGUUAUUGAAAGACCACGACACAGAGAAACAAGUGCGCAUCCUGGUGGCAAAUGGAGACGCAUGUUGCGUGGUCCAUCGAUGGACAAUGCAUUUGCCAGUUUGCGUACACGAUGGAAAAAACAUGGCGAAGCAUAUUUAGAUAGUGAUAAUUCGACUAGCAGUGUGAAAUGGCGAAGAAGUCCAUCAGACGUACGGGCAUCAUUACGUGCAGCACGCAGUGCAUCGCUAAUUUCAUUCGUUACGAAAAGUGUUGAGGAAUUCCGUAAUGGCGUGUUACGAAGCUGGCGGCAUUGUGCUCCAACAUUACGUAAUGAUUCAAUGACAAAUGAAACGGGCGAAGAACGACAUUCGACAGCAACAGCAGUUGCAACAGAACUUGUAAGGCGUCGUGGCUUAACGAGCUUUCUGGCUAACGAUCAACAACCGUCAACAUCGACAGAUACUAAAUUAGAAUCAAGUGUAAGGGGCAGUAUACCGGAAGCAUUUUCGUUGGAUACGAGUGAUUCUGGUAAUAGUCGACCGCCAUCAGUUGCGCAAAAUGACUGUAUUGAUGACGGUGUAAGUUUGUCGUCUGACAGUUACCGCUUUUUUGGCUUCUACGAGGAUGAACAGCCACUAGAGGAAGGGGCAAGUUUGCGAGAUGUGAAGGAAACGUGGACGAAACGAAGUGGUGCAAAUGUUAAAUCUGAACAUGACUUGCAUGUAGCUUCCAAUAUGAAUGCAACAAGAAGUAAAAAGAAGUCGAAAAAUGGAAUUGAAGAUGAUUCGCGAUCAUCUUCAGCGGAUGAAUGGUCUGAUGUGGCCAGAAGUAGCUGUAAUAGCAGUAGCACUGGCUCAUUACACAAUGACUGUAGCCGAUAUGAUAAUGUUCCAAUAGAUGAGGAUGCUGGUGGAGGACGUUAUGUUGAAACACCGUUAUCGUUUUAUGAUUUGCCACAAAAUAAUGUCAAACCUGUUCGAUCAAAUGUUCAACUGUACUUUUUAUGA